GAGGGCGCGGCUUGUCCAGACGCUCUUUGUCCCGACGACGACGAUGACGACGACGACGGCGACGACGACCAACACGGCGAUGUCGCCCAGGUUCCUCUUCCUCCUUUUUGGAUCCCUUUUUCUACUCGCUGGGACAGUGAGAGCACAGGAUGAUGAAGGCGGUGAUGGCAACGAUGCAAACGCCGAGGAGUUAUGCCAGGACAGGCCAGGGGACGAGUACUUCCGGUUAAACAUCGAAGGAGACUGUCGUGACGUCGUAAGAUGCGACAAAGCGACCGAGAUCGGUGUGACCAGAUUGGCUACCGUGCGAUGCCCGACGGGGUUGGCAUUCGACAUCGAGAGGCAGACAUGUGAUUGGAAAACGAACGUGAAGAACUGCGACCAACUCGAGAAACCGCGUAAGGUAUUGCCCAUCCUGAGGACCGACGAGCCAGUCUGUCCCGAGGGCAAACUGUCGUGCGGUAACGGCGAGUGCGUCGACAAGGAACUCUUCUGCAACGGUAAACCGGAUUGCAAGGACGAAUCCGACGAGAAUGCCUGCACUGUGGAAACCGACCCGAAUCGCGCACCAGACUGCGACCCGACUCAAUGCGCGCUUCCUGAUUGCUAUUGUUCCGCCGAUGGUACCAGAAUUCCUGGAAACAUCGAGCCGUCGCAAGUACCACAAAUGAUCACGAUCACUUUCAACGGAGCGGUGAACGUAGACAAUAUCGAUUUGUACGAGGAGAUCUUCAACGGGCAACGACAGAACCCCAACGGAUGCCAAAUCAGAGGAACGUUCUUCGUGUCCCAUAAAUAUACCAACUAUUCAGCCGUGCAAGACCUGCACCGUCGUGGACACGAAAUUUCAGUCUUCUCAUUGACGCACAAGGAUGAUCCACAAUAUUGGACUCAAGGAACGUACGACGACUGGCUGGCGGAGAUGGCUGGCGCUCGACUGAUCAUCGAACGAUUCGCUAACAUCACCGACGGUUCCAUUAUCGGAAUGAGAGCGCCGUACCUUCGUGUAGGUGGCAAUAAGCAGUUCGAGAUGAUGGCGGAUCAGUUCUUCGUUUACGAUGCCUCGAUCACUGCUUCUCUUGGCCGUGUUCCCAUCUGGCCGUACACUCUGUACUUCAGAAUGCCACAUAAAUGCAACGGAAACGGUGGAAACUGUCCCUCCAGAUCGCAUCCGGUUUGGGAGAUGGUCAUGAAUGAAUUGGACAGAAGAGACGACCCCACUUUCGACGAAUCCUUGCCUGGUUGUCACAUGGUCGACUCUUGCUCGAACAUCCAGACUGGCGAACAGUUCGCCAGGCUGCUCAGGCAUAACUUCAACAGGCACUUCAACAGCAACAGGGCACCGCUCGGUCUUCAUUUCCACGCGUCGUGGUUGAAGAGUAAGAAGGAGUACAAGGAUGAGUUGAUCAAGUUUAUCGAAGAGAUGUUGGCCAGGAGCGACGUUUACUUCGUCACUAUGGUUCAGGUGAUCAAGUGGAUGCAGUCACCCACGGAGCUCUCGGCACUCAGGGAUUUCCAAGAUUGGAAAGAGACCUGCGACGAGAAGGGUCAGCCGUACUGUUCUCUUCCCAACGCGUGUCCUUUAACCACCAGGGAACUCCCCGGGGAAACUCUUCGCCUGUUCACUUGCAUGGAGUGUCCGAAUUAUUAUCCAUGGCUGUUGGAUCCAACUGGCGAUGGUUUCACCGCAAACAAAAAAUGAGCGAUCCGGCAGAAGAGAUCUAUCUACCGUAUGGCGUGUAUCAAACGUGUCUUUUUGAUAAACGUGCGCCAAAUCGAGCGCAAAACGUUUCGCGAAUCUCUUGCCACGAUCACUCGAUAAUUCAUUCAAAACGUUAUAUUUAGACUGCGGUUUUUAUGCAUUCGUAAGAAGAUUGAUUCUGUAGAAAAUAUAAAUCUUGCGGUGCAUAAGAAUGUACGAAAUAUUAAAAGCGAAUAGGUAUUGCAAAGAUUGUUCAAAAAUUUAUUUUUUUAACUGAUUUGCAUAAAAAUCCGCAGUUUAAUUAUAGAGAUUUUUAUUGUGAUAUUUUUAUAAAAGGAAUUACAGGAUACAAUUAGAUUUUUGUAUUGUCUUCGCAGGAGGGGGAGUUCCUCUAAUGGAUCGCGAAACGUUUCUGCGAGUUUCAGUAAGGAAGGAGUUGGAUUCCUUCUUCAGAGUCCUUCAACUUGUACAUAAUCACCGUAAUUCCUUGCCCUCCUGAUCCUUUGUCCCUUUCUUCCACGGCGCGUUCCGCUGCCGUACACUCUUAGGACUUAAGAGACGCGUGAUUAAGUGAUUCUUAGGGUUCUUGUAUUAAACUAUUUCACAAUAAACGUUCUACGAAACCAAUAAA